UAUGGAGGGCUCCAUCAUCAAGCUGCCAGACUUCAUCCGCCUCAAGAAGAAGUAUGGAGCCUACCUGUACCUGGAUGAGGCCCACAGCGUCGGGGCCCUGGGGGAGACAGGCAGGGGGGUGACUGAGUACUGGGGGGUGGAUCCCAGGGACGUGGACAUCAUGAUGGGCACAUUCACCAAGAGCUUUGGGGCUGCAGGAGGCUACAUUGCAGGGUCAAAGCGGUUGAUCAACCACCUCCGAGCCUACUCUCACAGCACCACGUACGCCUGCUCCAUGUCAGCUCCUGUGGCACAACAGGUCAUCUCUUCCAUGAAGAUCAUUAUGGGUGAGGAUGGUACAAACAGGGGUAAGUUUCUCCAUCUUACCGUAUUGUGUUGUAAAGAAAAGGUGACUUCUACUGUUUAG